AUGAGCGUGUCGGCGCCGGCGGGGGGAGGGGGCGGCGAGGGCAGGCCUGACAAUGUCGGCAUCCUGGCGGCCGAUGUCUACUUUCCCAGCACCUUUGUCUCUCAGGAAGACCUGGAGGUGGCGAACGGUGUGUCGGCCGGGAAGUACACGAUCGGCCUGGGCCAGGAGGCGAUGGCCUUCACCGGGGACCGAGAGGACAUCAACUCGAUGUGCUUGACCGUGGUGGCCCAGCUGCUGGAGAAGUACGACGUCCCCAAGGACCGCAUCGGCCGCAUCGAGGUGGGAACCGAGACCCUGAUCGACAAGUCCAAGUCAACCAAGACCGUCCUCAUGUCUCUCUUCGAAGACAGCGGCAACGACGACAUCGAGGGGGUGACUACGGUGAACGCCUGCUACGGAGGCACGGCCGCGCUCCUGAACGCCGUCGCCUGGGUCGAGAGCAGCGGCUGGGACGGACGCUACGCCAUCGUGGUGGCAGCGGAUAUCGCGGUCUACGCAGAGGGGCCGGCACGCCCUACGGGGGGCUGCGGCGCGGUGGCUGUCCUGGUAGGGCCAGACGCCCCGCUGGUGAUCAACAUGAAGACCCGGGCAUCAUACGCUUGCGACGUGUGGGACUUCUUCAAGCCCGACAUGUCUUCGGAGUACCCGCGGGUGAAUGGACAGCUGUCGCAGACGUGCUACCUGCGCGCCCUCGACAGCUGCUACAACCGCCUUGCGGCGAAAAAGACGGCCGCCGCCGCUGCUGCCGCCGCUGCCGCUGCCUCUGCCGGGGACGGGGAGGCGGAGGAGGGAGGCGGAGACAAGCGGGCACCGUUCGUGCUAGGCGACGUCGAGCACGUGCUUUGCCACUCCCCUUACAACAAGCUGGUGCAGAAAUCGUUCGCGAGGAUGGCGUUCUCCGACGCGAGACGCCUCAAGGGGACAGGGAAACCCCUGGGGGAGGGGCAGGAGGAGGCGUUGGGGAAGUGGCUCGACGUGCCCGCAGAGGAGACGUACGACGACCGCGAUCUCGAGAAGGCCCUCAAGGCGUUCGCCGGGGUGUCCUCGGGGGCUUACCGGAACAAGGUCGAGCCGGGGUGCCGCCUCAGCAAGCAGAUCGGCAACACCUACACCGCCUCGGUGUUCGCCAACAUCGUUUGCCUGGUGUGCGCCCGCGGGGCGGCGCUGGAGGGGGAGACCGCGCUCGUGUUCUCGUACGGCAGCGGCGCGGUGGCCACCAUGUACGAGCUGCACUUCCGAGACACUACCGCUGUGACGGCGGCCGCCGCAGCAGCAGCCACGCCUACCUUCAGCGUCGCCAAGAUAGCGGAAGCGGUGGGCCUGUCGGAGCGACUGGCCGAUCGCGAGCGCUUGCCGCCGGCGGAGCUUGACGCCGCGCUCGCGGCGCGCUCCCACGCCCACGCCCUCGCGUCCUCUUCUUCGCCUUCCGCGGGAGGAGGAGCAGGGGGGGGUGGUUUUGUAUUUGUCCCCGGGUUUCCGUUAGAUAGGCUUUUCCCGGGGGUGUUCUACUUGAGAGGGAUCGGUGGCGAUGGGGUGAGAGGGUACGGUAGGCGGGAUAAGGAGGCGCCGCGGGCGCGGGGCGGGCGGGCUCUCGCUCCGUCCCUUGUUAAGAAGGAGGAGGCGUUGGGGGCUGGGGAUAGGGAGGAAGAGGUUGCGACGACUGCGACAAUGGGGAGCAGGACGGAGACGAGCAACAGCGGCGAGGACGACGAGGAGGAAGAGAAGGCGCGACCGGUGGCAAACGGGGCCGUGCCCUCAGAAGCCCCUUCUUCGGACAGCAGCCUCGCGAAUAGGGCCGCCAAAGUUGCUCCUCCGACGGCGGCGGCGGCGGCGGGCAGUAGCGAGAAGAAGACCGUUCUCGCCGCGAAGGAGGCGGCGGCGGCAGCGGCGGCGGCGGCGGCCACGUCCCCGGCUGCUGGCGGCAAGCUGGGCGCGCUGCUACUGCCGAGGGUGGUCGUGACCGGCGUGGCGUGCGGGCUCCCCGGGCAGGAGGAGGUGUUCGAGCGGGACAACCUGGCGAGGCUGCUGGCAGGGCAGGGUUGCGUGAAGAAGCUGAGCCCCGGUAGCACCACCGCCUUGGUGGAGAAGAACGUCGUGCAGGUCAAGAGGCAGCCGGACGGCCAGCCCCCCCUGCGCAUCCCGAUCUCCAAGCCGAGCCAGACGAUCAAGCUCGCCGCCACGAUGGGUAACCUCGACAUGGCCCUCUAUGGCGUGUCUCCCAGCAUCGCCGCCACCAUGGACAAGGCCGUUAAGGUGGCUGUGGUGGCCGGGCUGGAGGCUCUGAAAGACGCGGGCAUUGUUACGGGGGAGGGGGAGGGGGGCUGGAUGCUCCCGGGGCACAUGCGUGACACCACCGGCGUCAUGUACGCCUCCAGCUUCCCCGCCCUGGAUGCCGCCAUCGGAGAGGUCACUCGGAAGGCUGACUGUGACGAUGGCAGUCUUGCCAAUCAUGCGAGGUCAAGCGCAGCAGAGGAGAAAGGGGGGCCUGCAGAAGGAAGUUAG